UCGCAGGGUGCCGUAGUGGCGGUUCCAGCCAAAUAUACAGUUUUUCAAACUCUUGUUAUAUACAAAUAAGUGUCGCGAAUAAGUGAGGAUACUAGUUUUACUAGUAUUCUCCCAACAAGUCCUACUCAGUUGCAUUUAACCCAGGACUGGCUUGUCUGUAAACCUUAGGUGCUACUAUGGAGGAGGUGACCCGGUUGGUGUCAUCCGGUGACUGCCUGAAGAUCUGGGAUUCCACCUCGAUGAGUGUGGUAGAGCAGUUCAACCCUCACAGUGCCAGCCAUCCUCUAGCACAAGUGUGCUGGAGCAGCAGCAAUCAGUACAUUGUCAGUGCCAGCAGUAUAGGAGACAAGCUGGUGGUGACCAGCCUGAAGUCCUCUCCAGUGCUAGUGAUGGAGCUUGCAGAAGGGAAAAAACAGACACGAGUUGCACUAAAUUCAACGUCACAGUUUCUGGUCAGUGGGGGACUGGAUAACACGGUCAACAUAUGGGACCUGAAGACAAAGAGAUUACAUCGCAGCCUCAAGGACCAUAAAGAGGAAGUUACAUGUGUGUCCUUCAAUGGUGGUGAUAGUUACAUAGUAUCAGGUUCAACCAGUGGGGACAUCAUCCUCCACAGCAUUACCACUAAUCUGUCCAGCAAGGCUUUUGGCCAUGGGCCCAAUGAGCCUGUCCAUGACUUAAAGUACUCACUGAUAAAGCGGUCUCUCUUGGGGAGUGUUUCUGACAGCGGUUCAGUGGUACUUUGGGAUGCAAACACACAGAAGGAACUGCACAUGUUUGAAGGAGCACACAAAGCUCCUGCCUCAGGCCUGGCAUUUUCCCCAGCCAAUGACCUGCUCUUUAUUACAGUUGGGUUGGAUAAGAGGAUUGUCUGUUAUGACACUUCCAGCAAAGUUAUUUUCCGUAGUAAGCAGGUCGAGUCUCCACUAACGGCUGUAGACUUCACUCCUGAUGGAGCAGGGCUUGUAGUGGGCUCCACCCAUGGAAGGAUCUACAUGUAUGACCUGCGUAAUCUAAGCGCUCCUGUCAAAACAACCACUGCUCACAAGACCUCGGUCACAUGUAUCCGAUUCCAGCACUCCAACACCAGACUAAAGACGAGUAAAACAGUCUCUGGCAAGACUUCUUCGCAGACUAACAAGAGAAUCUCUGUAAAGCUGGGGCAGAAUCAGCAGAGUGGUCCUCCUACUCCGACCUCUUUAGUUCCUGCUGUCCCCGAACAGCAGCCAGUAAGCCGAGGAGACGGACAGGCUCACAGCCUUGGGAGUGGAGCACAUUCUGAGGUGCUAUCCAGAGAUGCCGAAGGCCAGCACAGUUUGGAUAAAUUCAACAGCAUGGGCCGAAACAGCCUGAGCCUAGACAUUUUCUCACCUGUAACUGAUGGUUUUAAAACACAUGGCUUCAUUGGUGAUACUCCAACUUCAAGAAAUGGAGGCAGCACUGAUGUGUUCUUUAGAGAAGCUGAGGGGCAACAGAGUUCAGAAAAGUUUAGGGUUGGUCGCAACAGCCUGGACAUUUUUUCUCCUGUUCGUGAUGAUUACAAAGGUCACAGACUCAGUGAUGCCUCAAGUGGUAAGAAAGAUUUAGAUUUCCUACCUCAGCACGGUUCAGCUCAGCGUAAGAACCCGCUGGGUACACCUGGUGCUCGCUGCUACAGUCCUCUGUCUGCUGUCCACACACCACCUGCAAUCAAAGAGGAGGAACCAGUGAUCUCAUCACCUACACAUACAGACACACAGAACAACAUGGUGGAGAAUAAUUAUCCAAGGCAGAAUGUUCUGACCACACCCUCUGCUGCUCAGACUACACACAUCCAAUCAGUGCCUUCAUUCAACACUCCUGAGCCCAGUCAAAGGCCAGAAGUGCCAACCCAGCUCACCUAUGAUUCCCCAGUGAAUAGCAGUCAACCCAAAGCUGAAUCAGCAGCAAGCGCAUCUAAUGCUGUCAGUAGUGAAGCACCACUCACCUCAGUCCAGAUGAAUUUUGUGCGCAACAUGAUCCAUGAAGCUCUAGAAGAUUUCAGAGACACAUGCCACAGAGAUAUAAUCAAUCUACAAGUGGAAAUGGUUAGACAGUUCUACAUUCAGCUGAAUGAAAUCCAUGGGCUCAUUGAAAGGUACUCUGUAAACGAGAGUCUUGUAGAGGAGAUAGAGAAGCUGCGGGAGGAAAACAAACGACUUCGAGCCAAUUACUAAGAAGCAUGUGGCUGCUUGUUUGACAUGUAGACUGAACCCCUUGUGCUCAGUACAGGUUUAGGCCUGAGAAAUGUGGUAGCACUACAACACUGUCCUAGGUGAGGCAGGACACAGAGAUUGUCCUGCUUUCCUGCUGACGUCUGAAGAAUGCACUCAUACCCUGAGGACCGGCGCACCAGCACUCAAUUUUUAAGGCUAUACCAUGUACCUUAAAAUAGGAGAGAUUAUUAUUAAGCUUUUCUCUCCAGCUUGUGCAUUUUUUUAUGCAUAUUUUACAACAGAUACUUUGCUAUAAAAGAUCACCAUAUAGGAGGGCUUACAUGUUUGUAAUAAGGUUGUUUUGAUAAGCUUACAGCCGAGUUUAAUGACAUUAUAGUAAAUUAGUAGUACUGAUGUUCCAAAUGGGUCUGACACAGUCUUGUAAACCCCACGUGUGCUGUCAUUAUGUCUAUGUUGAGAAAAGAAAAACAAGUAAAAUCAAAAGACAAUUUUCUUACAGUGCCUACAAAGAACUCCUGUCAUAAUACCAUUUGUAUCUUAAUAAAUUAUUGCAUUGAACCUCCA